CACUCUCAGGCGGCAGCCCAUUUGCUGGAGGGGUGUGCAUGUGCGAGCGAGGGAGUGGAAAGGGGUGGCGGGAUGGAGGGCGGGCGGUCGAGGGAAAGUCUGACACUCGCGCAGAAGGAGCGAGACCCUCCGCUGCUGCUGCUGCCGCUGCUGCCGCUGCCACCGCCGGGGAGGAGCCGCGCUCGCACAACGCCUCCGACACCCGGCCCGGCCCGGCCCGGCCCGGCCCCGCCGCGCUGCGCUCCGCCGCUCUCCGGCCCCGGCAGAUAAAACUUGGCUUGUUUGAAAAGUGGGAAGAUAUUUCACCAUAGUGCAAAAGAAGACACAGAAGAAGAGAGCAGAAUGAGAGCUUUGAAAGUGCCACAUGCCUGCAGCCUGCUGUCCUUAGUGACACUGUUCCUUCCAGUCACUGGAAUGUCAAAACAAAACAUCCCAAGACUGAAGCUUUCCUAUAAAGACUUGCUGCUUUCAAACAGCUGCAUCCCAUUCUUGGGCUCAUCAGAGGGGCUUGAUUUUCGAACCCUGCUGCUAGAUGAGGAGAGGGGCCGGUUGCUAGUUGGGGCAAAGGACCACAUCUUCCUGCUCAACUUGGUUGAUGUAAACAAAAAUGUGAAAAAGAUUUACUGGCCUGCAGCAAAAGAAAAGGUAGAGAUAUGCAAAUUAGCUGGGAAAGACGCCCAUACAGAAUGUGCCAAUUUUAUCCGUGUCCUUCAGCCGUACAACCGGACCCAUGUUUAUGUCUGUGGCACAGGAGCGUUUCACCCUCUCUGUGGAUACAUUGAACUUGGAACUCACAAAGAGGAGAUGGUAUUCCGUUUGGACACCCAGAACCUGGAGUCUGGCAGGUUGAAGUGCCCCUUUGAUCCCCAGCAGCCAUUUGCUUCAGUGAUGGCAGAUGAGUAUCUUUAUGCUGGAACAGCUUCUGAUUUCCUUGGCAAAGACACUGCUCUGACACGUUCUCUGGGCCCUUCUCACGACCACCAUUACAUCAGAACUGACAUUUCUGAACAUUACUGGCUUACUGGAGCGAAAUUCAUUGGAACUUUUCCUAUCCCAGAUACCUAUAACCCAGAUGAUGAUAAAAUCUACUUCUUUUUUCGAGAAAUAUCACAAGAUAGUGGUACAUCUGACAAGACAAUCCUUUCCAGGGUUGGGAGAGUUUGUAAGAAUGAUAUGGGAGGCCAAAGAAGCCUAAUAAACAAGUGGACAACUUUUCUGAAAGCCAGGCUUGUGUGUUCCAUACCUGGUCCUGAAGGGGCAGACACACAUUUCGAUGAGCUGCAAGAUAUAUUCUUACUUUCUACAAGAGAUGAGAGGAACCCACUUGUGUAUGGAGUGUUCACUACAACAAGCUCGGUGUUCAAGGGCUCGGCAGUGUGCGUGUACAGCAUGGCCGAGAUCCGCGCGGUGUUCAACGGCCCCUACGCGCACAAGGAGAGCGCGGAUCACCGCUGGGUGCACUUCGAGGGCCGCAUCCCCUACCCCCGGCCCGGCACUUGUCCAAGCAAAACCUACGACCCGCUCAUAAAGUCUACCAGAGACUUCCCUGACGAGGUGAUCAGCUUCAUCCGGCGGCACCCGCUGAUGCACAAGGCGGUUUACCCGGUGACCGGAGCGCCGGUGUUCACGCGGACCAACGUGGACUAUCGCCUCACCCAGGUUGUGGUGGACCAUGUCAUGGCAGAGGAUGGGCAAUACGAUGUCAUUUUCCUGGGAACAGAUGUAGGCACAGUCCUGAAGGUUGUGAGCAUCACAAAGGAGAAGUGGACUAAGGAGGAGGUGGUCCUGGAAGAGCUGCAGAUAUUCAAGCAUCCUUCAUUUAUUUCAACCAUGGAGAUUUCUCAGAAACAGCAACAAUUGUACAUUGGUUCCAGGGAUGGAUUGGUUCAGCUCUCUCUGCACAGAUGUCACACGUAUGGGAAGGCUUGUGCAGACUGCUGCCUUGCCAGAGACCCAUACUGUGCCUGGGAUGGAAACUCUUGUUCCAGAUAUGCCCCCACUUCUAAAAGGCGAGCCAGAAGGCAGGAUGUCAAGUAUGGAGACCCAGUUGCACAGUGCUGGGAUGUGGAAGACAGCAUUAGUCAUGAAACUGCUGAUGAAAAGGUGAUUUUUGGCAUUGAAUUUAAUUCAACUUUUCUGGAAUGUACUCCUAAGUCCCAGCAAGCCUCUAUUAGGUGGUAUGUUCAGCGCUCUGGAGAAGAACAUCGAGAAGAGCUGAAGGCUGACGAAAGGAUCAUUAAAACGGAGCACGGGCUGCUGAUCCGCAGCUUGCAGAGGAGGGAUGCAGGAGCCUAUUUUUGCAAAGCCCAGGAGCACACCUUUGUUCACACCAUCGUGAAGCUGAACUUAAAUGUCAUCGAGAAUGGACAGAUGGAAAGCACUCAGAAGACUGAGGACGAGGAGGGCCGGGUGAGGGAUUUGCUGACGGAGUCCCGGCUGAGGUACAAGGACUACAUCCAGCUCGUCAGCAGCCCCAGCUUUAGCCUGGACGAGUACUGUGAACAGAUGUGGCACCGGGAGAAGCGGCGGCAGCGGAACAAAGGUGGUGCCAAAUGGAAGCAUGUGCAGGAGAUGAAAAAAAAGCGAAACCGAAGGCACCACGAGCCAGCCAGGCCACCAUCGACGUAGUUCGUAAAUGCUAUUUAAAGGACAUUUUCCAUUAAAAAAAAAAAUACUGUGUUCUGGUUUUGUGCAUCUUGCCUAUGAAUUAGUACUGCUUCUUCUUGAAAUCAGAAAACUUACCAUCACUAUUAAUCUGUGUGAGAAUGUACAGUGGGAUUCAAUGCCAAAUGAGAUGUUCCUUAUUGGAGUGCCACAGACCAGGCAAUAAUUUCAAAUGCAUUCAUUAAAAAAGAAAAAGUGUACACUUUUAGCUAAUUUCUGGGUAGCCUUAGACUGCGUGAGCUUUACUUCCUUCAUAAUUUUCACAUAGGAUUUAGUGUUUGUGUUCCCAUAUUAACAUUUGCUGCCACAUUCCACCCCAGAGGUGGCUACAUUUCAGGGGAAGGCAGAUGUACUUCCAGUUCUUUGGCAUCUUUCUGAAUAAGAAGCAUGGUAGAAAUGUGUGACAGAUCUGCAAAAAUAUCCACUAAUUUACCCACUGGGCCUGUAUACAGGCACAUGAGUGAGGUUUGCUAGCACAGAGAGGCACAGCAAAAAAUCAAAUUAAGUUUUGGCUUAGGGACAGCAUUCACUCUCCCCAUAAAACAGAGAAAGCAUAAUCAUGGUUUAAGAGAGGGGAAUUAUCGAGCGUUACUCGUUAAUGUUUGAGUAGCCACCAGUUUGCAGUCCAUCUGCUGAAAUGAAAUGUUGACUCUAAUUGAAAUUGCCACCGAGAUGCUUGGGAGUAAAUUUCUGAAGUGGUGCAUGGGAGGUAUAUGCACAAAUCCUAUUAACAAAUAAUGGGACUCCUGCCUGCACCUCUCCUAUGUCUCUAAAGGGUUGACUCUGACUGUUUCUCUGGCCCUUUGCUAGCUUUGUUUUUUGCAGAGGAAAAGAAAAUUAAAAGACAACAAGAAGGCUAAAGUGAAAGACGAUGAGGGAAAUAUGUAGUGGCUGAGACCAGUGCUCUUGACACGGAGCUGACAUUCCUCAGAUGCGUGUAUUCUUUGGGAUUUUUUCUCAAAGGUCUUAUGUAUUUUUAAGUUGAAAAUUUGCAUUGUUGGAAUUAAUACUUUUAUUAUAAUUAAGUAAGAGAUGUCCAUGUGUAAAUAAAACUUGUAAGUUAGAAAUUUGCUGUACACCAUAAUUUCAUUUGUAAAGUGUUCCUUGUUCCUUGGUUUAUAUUUUGAGUUUAAUAAUGUAAAUUUUUACACAUAAGCAAGAAAUACUGGCCUCAUCCUUGUCUGUUUUACCUCAAUAUUAUUAAAUUGAUUUUAUUCCUGAUAUGCAGCAACAAACACAA